AUGACCUUCCCUGGAGAGACGAACUGGUCCUUGUUCACCUUAUUGGACAAACACCGACUUUCACUCAGGGAAGCAGCUGGUGUAACACUUGGAAGCAGGCAUGGCCCCUUUGUGGCCAGCCAGAGCUGUGAGAUCUCCAGGUAAAGACUCAUAGAGUCAGGCAAGAUGGAAAGCUGCUCCCACUGCGAGUACCGCACAGAGGCAGCAGUCACCACCUCUCUCUCUCUCUCUCUGUAAAAAGCGCACCACAUUAAACAAAAGAGAAAGAAGGUAGCCAGUGUUGUUGCCCACGUUCUCCUUCGUCCCUCAAAAGAGCCCACAGAGCAGACACUGGUAAAACAGUAACAUGUGGUGCUUGCAUAUGCAAACAGUUCACUCCAUCAAUGUGGGAGACAUCCAUUGAAUGGCCAUUUCACAAAGGAUUGGGAAAGAGAUUUCUGAUCUGUCAUCACCUAAUAUGAAACUCGUGCUCUGAAAUGAGGGGCAUCUACUUAGCUCAGUCUGUGGUGAAACUACCCCAGCUACUAGCAUGCAACUAGCUUUACUGUACGGAAACUGCAGUUUAUCUGUAGUACUUUUAUGCUGUUUUGCAACAAAGUAUUUGGAGAGCAAACAUGUUUUUGUUUCACAGUCCUGUGAUCCCAAAGAAGGUUGUAAUUGAAACAUGUUGGACCUAACCACUUGCAUUUUUAUACACUUAAUGCUUCCUCUUUUCUAGUUCCAACAGUUGGGAGAUAUUAGAGUGGAGGAUCUUUCCCUCAAAAGUACAUUGAAAUAAUGAAUGCUUGACUCUUCAGCUUAGUCCCAGUGGCAGCACCUACCCCAUUGCCAGGCGUAACACGAAUAAAAGACAACAUUAUUACCACAGAACUUCUAAACUGUUAUAUUCUGAGAAUAUGAAGUUGCUUUGGAUAUUUGGCAUUACAAAGCUGAAAGUAAGCCCUGCCUACUGGUAAAAGACAGAGAGCUGCUGGGUUUUGUUUUGCCUGUUUGAGUAUUAUUGCAACUUGUUGCAAACCACCUGGAAGAUUAUUCCAUUGAAAAGCAGGAUAUCCAUUUUCUAAACAAAUUAAUUGGUGAAUAUUGGUCAUUCUAGCCCACAAUUAUCUCCUCCCCUGCGGAACCCUCCUCAAGAUAAGUAGCGUAACAAGCUCAUAUUGCAAAUAAAAUUACAAUAAUAAUGAUCAAUUAAUUAAUGAAAUACAACCAUCUAAGCUGGUGUCCAUAAUCUUGUGGAAGCAUAUUUGAAGGUUUAACUAUGUGCUGUGUAUAGAAGUACUUCCUUUUGUCCAUCCUGCAUAGCAAGAAACAUCUUUUUAUCCACUUUUCUUGCACCAUGCAUAAUUUUACAUAGCUUGAACUUCCCCCCUUACCUGCCUUUUUUCUAAACUAAAAAACCCCAGAAAUUGUAAUCUUCCCUCACAGGGGAGUCCACAACUGUGGAACUGUUCAAGAACCACACAUGAUCUGUGCAGCCUGGGAUGUGACCGGACAACUCUACCGGCAAAGGUCUGAGACUGGGAAAAAUAUACCUCCUAAGCCCACAGUCUAAUAGACCAUGGCUGAAUUGAGAGUGGAAACAGGAACAUCUAGAGUGCUCACAUUCUUUCACAUUAAUUUCAUCUAUAUAUGUAGCAAACAACCUGGAAUCACAGACUGAUUUUGUAGGCUCUGAACCUAUACAUAUCUAGUAGAAUGUUCUUCUUGGGGGGUUUUCGCCCAAAAGUCAAUUGCAGGAUACGUUAUAAUAACCAGAUUCCAUACAUACACACACACACACACACACACACACAUACACACACACACACACACACACACACACUAGUGUGCUGGUGCUGUAUGCAUUUAUCAUACUAAUGCACUGGAUAUAUUUAGCAUAAGAAAUUUGGCACUUUAAUAUCUUUGUCUUAAGCAACAUAUGGUUUUCCAAAUUUAAUUUAAAAUAAUUCUAAUCUACGUGCAUACUGUUCACUUAACACACAUGCUAUAGGAUUAAAUCUGUAACUUGGUUUGUUUGUUUUAUUCCUGUUGUGAAAUAAUGAUUUAAGUGCAUUUCUAUUUGUGCUGCCAAAAGAAAAAAGAAAGAAAAAAUAAUGUUCAUGCUGUGACUUGUUGGAAAUGAGCUGACAGGCUUUAUCCUCAUGUGAUACAUCUGCAGUGCCUUGCUGUUCCCAGCUUAGAUUUCUCUGUAAUUAAUGCUGAGAGCUUUUUAAGUUGGCAUGUUUGGCCAGUAAUGUAUCUUUUUCUUCUUAAAGGUUACUUCAUCUUUAAGAAGUGGGAGCUAAAAUUAAAGAAAGAACAUAUGUGAUUUGUUCCAAUGAGCAUGCCAUUCAAAUCCUUCUCUUUCUCCUUUAAAGUACUCUCAACUUAUGUUGGCCCCAAACAGCAGACAAUAAGCCUGAAUGUGAAACCUGGAUCUACCAUUUGGCACUGCUCACUUACCCACACAUUUUUAAAGAUGAAACAAAAACCUAUCUGGCUAAAUUAUCUGCCUUAUACAGAACUAUGAUAAAAUUCAAUGCACAUGGGUCAUAAAAGAUCGUUGCAGCAACUGCAGAAACUGAAGGAAUCAGAAGUAAUAUGGUAAAAAGUUACCAAGUUCCAGCUGGAACAAGAAUCACCUUUUAACUUUAAGAAUUGGUGCAUGAAUCUUCUUCUUCUUCUUUCCUUUUGUGUUCUGUCUUUAAGAUUUUCAAUUUGCUUGCAGGGAUGUCUUAUUUUAAUUGAUUGCAAAUAAGCCACUGGAAUGGUGCAUAAAUGUGCUAAAGAAAUAAGAAUACAAUAAUAAAAGUACCAGUAGGAAACAUAGCAAAUGAGCAGUGCUGAUGACCUUUUUCUGUUGAAUAAAUGGAAUCAUCAAAUAAUCUUAUUCUGAAACUUUUCAACCUGGCACAUUAACCAUUUUUUAGAGAAAAUAUAUCUGAAAGCUAAGGAUUGUGUGGGCCUAUAUCAAUCCCAUCUUAUUUUGAUAAAUGCUAGUUUUCUAACAAAACAAAAACAUUUCCAGUUUCCUCCUUUGUAAGAUUAUGAGUAAUAUACAAUCAUCUUCAAAAAGCACUUAAUACUAUACUUCCUUAAUAGAGAGGAAGCAUAUUAUGAGUGUCUGAGGUUCACUGUGAUAUAUAUCAUCAAUGUGCUCCCAUUUAAGAAAAGGACCACAUUCUUAUCCACAACUGAAUGUGAUCAUCCAGAGUUAGAAGUUUAUGGUCAGGAUCCAAAGAACCACACAAGUAUUUCUGUAUGCCAAAAGGAACUUUGGACUUGUGUUCUUUGAACUUCAGCCAAACUCCCUUCUACCCCACCACCUCCACUCUCAUGAAAAAUCAUUUUUUGAAACUGAGGAGAGUCUCUAAAGUGGUUUGUGAUAUGUAAUGGGUGUGUACUUUCAAGUAAAAAAAAAAAAUCACUGAGCUAAAGGAAGUUAUUGUGAGGGCCUAAUGUAGGGUGUUUCGGGUUUGUUUUUUUCCAGAUCUCAGCUUAUAUAUCUUGGGCUAUGGAUACAAGUUGUAGGUAGAGUUUUAACAAAUUCAUACAGCAUCUAUGAACUGGCAGCUCUGUAUAACAUACACAGCUCUACAGCUGGAGAGCAAGGGAGCUGAUAAAAUUAAGCAAAAAUAUCCUUUUGUUUAUAGGAGGUUCCGCACAAUCUGCUAUUUUGCUAUAUGGGGAGCAACAUUAUAGUACUACCGUUCUUAGUUCAGUUCAUUGCACACUUUAUCUCCCCCCGCCACACACACAAUGUUGUUAUCCUGCCAAAACCUACAUAUAAUUAAAAACCACAGGCACUCAUUCAAAGUGUCAGAUCAAAAGGUUAAUGUGCUAUGGUAGAGAGGAAGUACUUAUAUUAUACCCUUGAACAUUUUUUGAAGUUUACAGCAUUUGAAAACAUGUUAAGUCAAACCCUAGCCAAAGUUAAUAUUACAUCAUUUGAUUUAAAACAUUAAUCAUAGUUUUAAACCAGUUGAUCCAAAUGUUUGGCUGCUUGAAAAGAAAUAUCAUGAGAAGCGGUAGGCAGUGUACUUUCUAAUGCUUGAACUGUACACACAUGAAAUAGCAAAUUAAGAUUUCUAGGGGUACUGAAACAAAAAAAGUACAGUAAAAUGUUUCUUGCAGCUUCAUAAAUCUAACAUACUUAAGGCAUUUAUGCAUGUCAACAUUUUAUUGUAGACUUUGGAACUGGUAUAGAUGCAGUCUUUCAUUCUAUGUCAUAACUUGUUUCAGCACUGAUGUUCUUAGAGCAAUUGAAAAUGUUAUUGAAGAUGUUAUCACAAGUCUAUCCAGAAAUGAAGCACCCGUUCUCAUAUUAAAUAACAGAUCUAACUGGGGAAAUAUACAGUAGGUAUAUUUUACCGUGUGCGUGUGUGUGUGUAACAAAUGUUGUUUGUUUGUUUAUAACAUUAUAUACUAUCAUCUUAAUCACACCAAGUAUUAAGGUGGUGUACUGCAUAAAACAAAUACAAAAACAUUAACAACUUUUAUCAUUGCCUCUUCAUGUUUCAUGAGGCCCUGUGCCAUGGUACAAUGUUUUCCUGAAAAAAAUCUUCAACAAAAUUGUACACUUAUUCUUACAAUCUGCUGUGUGUGGUUUUCAGUCAGUGCAUGAACUGACAAUCUGGCUAAAGGUCACCAUGGCUUCAGUGAAAAUCACAAAUGCUACAGAGCUUUUAAAAAAGUCCCAAGAACAGGUCCCGACUGUGGAUGAUAAUACAAGUUUUGAAGCAUUAGAAUCUUAGCAGACAGUGAGCAAUAAAUAAAUUAACUGUCUAUACCUCUCAGUGGACUUGGGUAAUAUGGCACCCUGUGCAAGGUCAAAAUUUGACACACACACACCCAAGCCCUUGCGCUGCAUUCCCAAAGAUGGAUAAGAGACUCUAGGACUCUGUCUCCUUCCCCAAACCCAGAGCCUAACUUACUGGGCUUUGAGAAGGCACCUCACUUGGCUUAGCAACCACAGUAUGCACACCACUCAUGCAGCCCUAAACCCCCUAUUAUGAACCCAGAAAGUUGAGGAAUUGGUAGAAGUAAAUUAACAGUGCUGGACUGACAUGGUUAUUAACAAUACCAAAUUUCAAGCAGCCACGACUGCAGAACCAUUCAUAAAUACAACCCACAGACAUCAGAAAGAGAAAAAGGGACUGCCAAUAUAUGUGGUAUCUCAUAAACUACAAAGUAAUAGGGAAAUCAUGGGCUUCUGUUGAACAAGGAUGUAACACUACACAGUGUGGUGUAGUAGUCUGUUUUGGACUAGGAUCUGGGAGACCAGGGUUUAAUUCCCCACUCAGCCAUGAGGCUCACUAGGUCACCUUGGGCCAGUCACUGCCUUUCAGUGUAACCUACCUCAUAAGUUUGUUGUGGGAAUUAAAUGAGGAGGAGGAGCACCAUGUACAUCACCUUGAGCUCCUUGGAGGCAAGUUGGAAUAUAAAUGCAAUCAAUCAAUGGAAUCAUUAUCUCUUAGUGAUGUUUUUGAAUAGCUAAUUACAUAUUUAUAUCUGGUUUACAAGGAUAUCCCCAAUAGCAACAGUUCCAGAGCAAUUCAUCUCAAGUUUUAAGUAUAUUGCAUUGAGACACUUGAGAAAUUAACUUGCAGCUGACUUAAAUGUGUUGUACUGUGAUUAGUUAUUUAAUAGCAAACAUGAAGGCUCCAAGGUUUGACUCUCCCAACAGGUUUUGCUUAGGAACCUUACACAGUAAACCAAAAUAACUUCCUAUGUAAUAAUUGUGUUGCUUAAUCACAACAUUCCACAACUGAAAUUGCAGAUAUGAUUGUAAAGAAAGCAUAUUCGAAAUAUGACUUGUCUCAGAUGUAGCCCAUUUGGACUUUUUAUAUGCUAAUUUAAACCAUGAGAUUAGAUUGUGUGCAACUAGUCUAAAAUUAGAUCUAUGUUUUGUAUGGAAAUACUUUCAGAUAUGACCUAUGUACAUCUUACCUGCUUUAUUUAGAUGAUAGCUGACCUUUAGGUAUUUUUCUAGGGGUAGAGCAAGAUAAGAAUGGAAAUAGUCUGCAGAGAAAAGUCAGGGGGUUUUUCUGGAUCAUAGGCGUUUCUGUAGCUUUACAGUGCAGUGUCUUCUGCCACCUUAAGGACGUAAAAAGCAGUGCAUUUAAAAAGUGAAAAUGCAGUCAUGUCACAUUUGCGCAACGAAACCAAUAUAAACUUUCCCUAAUAAUACCACUCCAAAUUUCAUUGGGAUUAUACCUAUCAACAAUUUGUUAAUUAUGAUUGUUAUUCAUCAAUGCUACACACAUACCAUGGCACACCAGAUUUAGAAAAUAUAGUACAAUAUUCAGGAUGGCAAAUAAACAUUGUGACCAAAUUUCAAGUACAUUAUGUUGAAAUAAAUUAUUUAUUAGUCACAUUUAGGAUCUCAGGGCAGUUUACAUGACUCUAGAUUUUAUUUAUUCUAAUUCCUUACCUAGAUCUGACAAUAUGUCAGUUUAAUUUAACCAUGUGCAGUGCAUUUAUAUAAUUACAAGCAAGGAGUGCAUGGGAAUUUUUUAGAAACCAAACAAUAUUGUGAUUUUUAAAUGGAUUAUUGAAUUUUGUGGUUUUUGACUUAUCACACCAAAAACAGGUGUGUUACUCCAAAGUCACAUUUUAGUCCACUAAUUUGAUUCAAAGUGGUGCCUGACAUCUAAACAUCAACAAAAAUACCCUUCCGCUUCGGAACCCUCUUCCCAAUUUGGUCAAGAGACAGUCAAACCUAUGCCAAAAAACAGGCAAAGUCAUAUCAAAAUGACAUUUCAGUCUACCACCAUCAAUUAAACGCUCCACUCUGGGAACUCUCAUGCUGAGUUUCAUGAUGAUAUCUUGAGUGAUGGCCUAACCUAUGCCAAAAAAACAGGCAUAGUCAUGCCAAAGUCACGUUUUGGUCCACCAUCUUGAUUCAAAAUGGCCCCUGGCACCAAAAUGUCAAUGUAAUCCUGCCCAUCCUUACCUCAGGAACUUUCAUGCCAAGCUUGGUGUCAAUAUAUUCAGAGGCAAGCUGAAUCUAUGGCCAAAAUCUGGGAAAGUCACACCAAAGUCAAGUUUUGGUUUACCAUUUUGAUUCAAAUGGCACCCAGUGUCAAACAGCAAGAAAGUCUGCCAUCCCACCCUAGAAAUCCUCUUGCUGAGUUUGGGGACAGUAUUUUGGAAGGCGUACACACAUAGAAAACAAAUGAUAAACAGAGAGACAAACCCUUUUCUAAAUUAUAGAGUUGAUUACACUCUUCCAAAUCCAUCUUCCUUUCAGAUAGCAUUUGACUUUUGCUUAUCUGAAUUCAUGAAGCAACCCUCUUUUGUGUUAAACUUUACAUAAUAACACCAAUUCUGAAAAGUAACAUACAGCUGAACUGGUUUACACAUCCACAGGUUUACAGAUUCUGUAGGUUUGCAGAUGACAUCUACUGGUAAUUGUACCACAAGGAAAAUAAGAAGUGACUGUCCCAAAUCAGCACCAAAAUUUGGUAAGUUUAAGAAACUGAGCAAUAUACUAAUUUAUUUUAUUUUAAUGUAAUAUUCUGAAGUGCAAAAAACAUGUAUUUACAUCUAUCUAUCUAUCUUCAGUUUCAAUACAGUAUUAUCAGUUAGUCAGUGAUGCUAAAGCGACUUUCUCUGUACUGGGGUUACCAACUGGAAGCACAUUUGAAUCAGCAGGCCCUUCAGUGCCACUGAGGGGACUCCAACACAGCAAAAACUUUGAAACAAAGAUCCCUCUCUGGGCUCAGAGAGAGAAGACUGCUUGUAACAUCUGUAAAUAGUGUGUUUAUGUAUAGUAGUGUGUGUUGGUUUUGGCCUAGUAAACUUUGCUAAAUGGGUUUUCUGCAGUGAACUUAACCACUUGACUGAGCUUCCGCAGCACAUAUGUCCAACAAUCCCAACAGAUUCUUCUUUCAGAUAUCCCAUUUUGUAAUGUGUUGGAACAGUAGACACCAAUAUAAUAUUCAACUAAAACACUUUUCCUUUACUGUAAAACUAUUCUGUAUGUCCUUUGCUCAAACUAACUUAGGAAUAAUGUAGAUGUGAAUAUAUAUAUAUAUUUUUUUGGGGGGGGGAAGAUGACCAGGAGUUGAAUUCCCAAUGGUUAAGGUAUUUUUAGGCCACCCAGAAAACCCAAGAUUAUAUUUUCCCAAUAGAGCAAAGGUAGGGGACCUCCAGGCAAGUGGGCCAAUUAGGCUCAGCAGGGGACUUAAUUUAGCACAAAAGGCCAUUUUCUCCAAACCACACCCACCUGGCCCACACCUGACUGUGAGAUCUGAUGUGGGGCAGGUAAAGGUACAACUGCAGGGAAACAAUCAGGAGCCUUAAAGUGUACUGCCUUUUGUUCCUUGACAAACAAGGCUAGCUGUAAGAUGAGCACUAUACUAGCACUGAAACUAGAUUGGACUCAGGGUAACUGAUUAAAGGAAAUAUUUGAAAAAGGUUUGAACAUUUUUUUCUACUACACAUCAAAGCUUGGGACAGAAAGUUUACCUCAUAGUAGGAAUCAUACUUAGUAGGAAUAGUUUACCUCAUAGUAGGAAUCAGGCACUGAACAGAGUGGAAUAUUGGACUACAAAAGUCCUGUUCACCCUCAAGAUUUCGAUUUGAAAAAGAGGAUACUUGUAAUAACAGCAAAGUACAUUUUUCUAACCUUGCAGAAACUUCAUUGAUUAGUAUAUAUAGACAUAAUGGUAUAAUACAUUUUAAAAUAAAAAGAGCACACCAAUCUUUAUUCAGAAACACUCAGAUGGCUGGUAAUAUUUACUAGCUGUUAUUUUAUAUUUCAGCUCUAUUUCUUAAAAUAUUAUCUAUUAUCUACAAGAUGGUGCAGACAAACAUUUAUGCAACAAAAAGGUAAUAAUAACUUUGUAUGUAACUGCAAAAUUGAAAUAACCAUUUAAAAUUAAAAAUGUGAUAUAACAGAUUUGGCACAGUAUGUAUAGGUGAAGUAUUGUUAUGAUGCAAGCUGAGCUCAGGUUGAAUGUUUUUAGCACUCAGCUGUUGCUUCAGCAACAAUCAGCCAUAGACAAGGUCUUAUAUAGGAGCAGUAAACUCCACCUUUCCUGAAAAGUGCCUCUUCAGUUAAAGGGGCUUGGCUCACACCAGUGUGUUGACAGAGCAGGGGAGCCUCUGGUUGUAUUGGAGCUUCUGGAAUGGAGUCCUCUGAGUCAGAGGACAGCAAUACAACAUCUUUGGGUUAAAGUGGCACAGUUGAGUGUCAAGACCCCGCAGCCACACCCUCGUUGGAAAUAACUCACACAAGGACAUGGAUAUUAGGUUUAUGUUAUUAGACAAAUUUGGGCCACAACUUUAUUGAAAUUACAGAAUGUGAGCAGUACUGGCUUAGGCAUUGAUUGGACCUGACUAUAUCUGACUCCUGCCCAGUGUGCAGGAAGUCCAGUAAGGGUAAGCCACCGGUAGGGGGAACUCUGUCAAUGCGAACCAACUCAAGCUCCCCCUGGUGUUUCCAUCGGGGUCGUGUCAAGGCCCUAGCCCCCAGCCGGGCUUCAGACUAGAUCUACACCCCCGGAUUCCUUUAACGGAAUACCCUUAAGCAUGGAGGGGCAGGUGAUGGCCACACCUCCCCUCCCCCCACACAAGGUCAAACAAUGCCUAACCGCAACCCUAAAAGUUGUGACGAUUGCUACGAGGUAGGCAAAAACCAAGUGGCCAGUGCCAAUUUGCCAAGUGGAAAAAUUCCUACCAGGCCCCUCAGACAACCAAAGCGACCAACCAAAGUCCAUAGCAAGGCCAUCGCCUAACCUGCAAAAUAGGGAGGGCGGGUGAUUGAGGAAGCAGCUCCAGCCACGCCCCCCUCCCCCGGCCAGCGGAUUGGUUGACCAGGCUCUGAUGUGGCCGGGUUCCCCCAGGCAACAGGGGACAAGGUCCCCCACCCCCGGUGGGGAGUGGGUGGCCACACAGUCCACCGCAACUCCUCCCCACUGGGAAGUGGAGCGGAUUUACCAUAGGCACAUCUUGUGGACGUGCUUUAGGAUUGGCCCUGCAUCCAGUUCCCCUUCGCACUUAAGUCUUGAAUCUCAUUUCCUGAGGAAGGAGAAUCUGAUCUCAGGGUUACUUAGUUUAUUUAUUUAUUAAAUGUAUAGACCACCCUUCAUUCGAGGAUCACGUGGCAGUUUACAAUAUAAAAACAUAAAAAUGCAUAACAUAGUCAUAAACAAAAACAAUACCACCCCCCACCCUGCCACACACAGUUUAAAAUGACAAAGAUUGUUUAAUUAGCUAAAGGUGUGGGAGAAGAUGAAUGUUUUUGCCUGGUGUCUAAAUAUAUAUAAUGAAGUAUUUCAAACUUUUUAAAUCUUUUAGAGCAAACAACUCAGAAACUACUUAAUGUAUGAGCACUGUGUCUCGACAGUGAAAAGUCAUAGCCCUUGUCAUUUAAUUUUGUCAUGGACCUUGAAAUGUUGAUUUAAAGGUUUCCUCAUUCCCAUUCUUCACAGCAUAUGCCAUAUUUUUCCAUGUAUAAGACAAUGUUUUUUGCUGAAGUUUUUUAGUCAAACAUUGGUGGUCGUUGUCUUAUACAUGGAUGGUGAAUGCCAGAACACGCUUGUGGGGCUAACACUUGCCUGUUGCAACACUUUCCACCUGGGGAGGGAGCUGGAGUAGGAGGAGCACCUUGUGGUCCCGAUCCACAGGUCAGUCAUAGUGGGGACUAUGUGCCCAGGCCACCAGCACCUCCCCGGGUGCGCCUCCCCACCAGCUCCCCCCUGUUGCAGAGCCAGAUUCGUGCGACUGCAAAAAGCGCAGCUGACUUGCAGUUGCUGAACACCCCAAGGUGGCUGCUUUCAGCUUGGCCAGAAAGAGCCCACCUCAUGGGGGACUGGCAAGGCUGCCCUGAGGCAGCUCAGUAGCACGAUCCCUUUCUGCAGGGCGGGUGAAGUAAGGGAUGCCCCCCUUUCUCUGCUCAGAUGCCCCUGAGCUGGUGGGCCAUGCUCUGCUGUUAAAAUAUUGUUUUCUUAAUUUUGGGUUCAAAAAAAUUGGGCUCAUCUUAUACAUGGGGACGUCUUAUACAUGGAAAGUACUUGUUUGGACCAAGGCUAUGAUUGUUGGAUUGAUAUCAGUUUAGGAAGGCAGGUGGUAGAAGAUAAUAUGCAUGGUAUUUAAGUACUUAGACCAUAUUCCCUAUGUAACAUCAAUGUUUAUGGUACUAUUAUUAUUUCAUUUAUUUUUGAAUGACAAUAUUUUGUAUCUUGACAGAGAUAUAUUUUACACUGAUACAGCACAUUUUGGUAACCAAAGAGUAGUGGACGACAUUACCAAUGACAUUUCCUGUAUGCUCAAGAUCCCAAGAAGGAGUCUGCAUAUUGUUAAGUAUCAAAAAAGUUUUAUUACAUGAUCUGUAAAAAUGUAUCACAUUUGGAAAAGUACAGCAAAUUAUUAUCAUUUGAAGCUGUAGAAGGCACAAAUAGGCCAAGAAAGUUUUUGCACUGACUAUUUCUAGCUGACGAUGCCAAUAAGGAGAGAAAUAAGAAAGCCUGGUACAUUGCUACAAUCAAAAAAUGCUUAAUACCUCACCAAUUAGUGUCUCAGCUCUGUUAGGAAAAUUCCAAGGGCUCCUUCCUUGAAGUAGACUGCCAAAAGCCUCUAAGGAAAGAGGAGUCAGGUACACAAGGUAGUCUCAACAGAGAAUUAUUAAUCAUUAAGACAGCGCUGAAUGGUCAGCCACGAGGCUAUUGCCACAAGCAUGGUCUGACAACAGUACAUGCUCUCAGGCUCUUCUUAUAUACAGUGGUGCCUCGCAAGACGAAAAGAAUCCGUUCCGCAAGUCUCUUCGUCUUGCGGGUUUUUUCGUCUUGCGAAGCAAGCCCAUUAGAGGUUUAGCGGCUUAGCGCUACAGUAUUAGCGGCUUAGCCGGCUUAAAGAUCAGCUGAUAAGCGGCUUAACGAUCAGCUGAUAAGCGGCUUAGCAUCAGCUGUUAGCGGCUUAAAGAUCAGCUGAUAAGCGGCUUAGCAUCAGCUGUUAAGCGGCUUAAAGAUCAGCUGAUAAGCGGCUUAGCCAUCAGCUGAUAAGCGGUUUAGCGGCUUGGGAAAAGGGGGGGAGAAAAACCCCGCAGGAACUCGCAAGACAUUUUCGUCUUGCGAAGCAAGCACAUAGGAAAUUCGUUUUGCGAAGCACCUCCAAAACGGAAAACCCUUUCGUCUAGCGGGUUUUCCGUCUUGCGAGGCAUUCGUCUUGCGGGGCACCACUGUACUCUUCUUCUAUCAGGUAAAUACAUGAAAUCCUCUUGCCCGUAUCAUUUAUGCAACAUUAUUGGCUAAAGCAAUGUGUGAACAGCUUGUGGAUACACUACCUGGCCUUCCAAUUGGACACACCAUAUUUGGAGUUGUUUUCCACUUAGAAACUCCCGUUAUCUUAUUAAGAUGCCAUCCUCAAUCAUUCCUUUUCAGCAGGUUUUGGCUUGCAUAUUCUGUUACCUUUCCCUCCCAAACUUGUCCUUGGCAAUUCUCCUUGUUUGUGCUAACUCCUUACCAUUACAUUCCAAUAUGUUUUCCUCCUCUUAUCUGGCCAACUAUUAGUCUCCUGUUAAAGAACAUAGUUGCAAGGUUCUUGCUGCUUACGUACACUGCUUUGGACAGGCAGUUUUGACUCUAAGCAUAGUCAGCAAUUUUGAUUUUAAAUACUUCUAUAAUAUUCAUAUCAUUAUACAUGUUCUAUAUCUCUAACACAGUACACAUAUUUCUGACAGCUCAAGGCCCCCAGAUUGUGAGCAUCCCAGAUAUUUAUAAGGAACAGAAUUUGCAAUAGCUUCAUUUAUUCUUAUUUACUUUUCUCUUUUGCAACUUUCAUUGCUUUCUCAUUGAACUGUUCAACUUCUCUAAAGCAAACACAGCAUGACAUCAGCAUUCUUUGAAUAUUUGACAAUGUCUGCUCUGUAAUUAUUCCUAGAUCUAGUGAUUAAAGAGUUACUUGUUCAAUCAUCUAAUCACAGAAGUCAUAGCUAACAAAAAUUAUAAUUUCUUUACGAAACUAUUUUUAUUAUUCACACCUGUGUUCUGAAUUGUAUAAGCAUUACUUUUAUUUAUUUCUACAGUAUGCAACAUUAUUCUUUAUUUCUGUGGUACACUGUAACCAUUAAGGAUGACAACAAAACAUUUACUUAUGGGCUCAGAAAUACAAGUUUCAUAGGCCUGUAAGACUCACCUCACAUUUGAGAUGGUAUUACAGCUUCUAAAUUUUUCUCCAGCUUUCAUUUUAGUCCCCAACCUGUUCUACCUACCAUUCUCAUCAGUGCAGUGGUAGCUGCAAGACACAGAAGAGGAAAGUGAGGUCUUUCCCUCUGUCUGGUGGCAGUACUCCUGUAGGCUGCCAAGAAGACAGGUUGGUCUCUCUCCACUCACCCCCCUUGCCAUACUUUCCUUUCUAUGCUUAACAUGUUGACACUGCAGUGGCCCUUGAAAAAACUACAGGGGCUGCUUCAGUGUCAGAAAAUAGACAGUGAGUGCCACUGCAACAAUGGGCAGGAAGAAACUUUUCUCUUCCCACUUUGUGUUGUAGUGCCAGCCCUGUAAGUGAGAUGGCAGGAUUUUGGGAAACUAGUUGUCAAAAGGGACUUGGAAAGUGAACAGAGUUCUACAGUAAGCAACUUAUUUCCAAAAUCAGAUUGAGCCCAAAAACAGACAAGCUAAUUCACAUUUUUCCCCCACAGCUGUCUACCAGCAAAGGUUGCAUUGCUGGUAAUCUAAGUUAUGUUGAAGAAGAUGGUACAAAAGUGAAUUGUAGCUGCAGUACAACAGUAUGUAUUACUAAUUCCUUAGAAUAAUAGAAUCAUAGAAUUUGUAGUGUUGGAAGAGAAUAGUUUUGGUUAAUUAAUUUACAUAUUAUAUAAAUAAAUAUGCAAUUGAGGUUUUGCAGCUGAGCAAAUAAAGGAGGUGAUUUCAAAUAUUUGCAAAAGAUAAAUGAUUGCUCAAUGCAUUUUGUAUAUUAUAAUAUUUCCUCAAGAGUUGGGGAACUCCUAUUCUUUCUCAGGAGUCCUAAUAUAGUAUCCAUAUUUUAGUUUGCAAUUGAUGUUUGACUACAACUUAAGCAGCAGAGACUGUCUAAGAAAAUGUUGGAGCAGUGUAAGAAAAGGGGUUAAAACCAAUUGUUCCUUAGCUAUUGCUUCUCUUAGAACCAUAACAGAAUGCCUGUCCAAAUCCAUAAAAUAUUCAAAGAUGUUGCAACGUGUUAAUAGUAAACAUAUAAAAUCUCAACACUUCAUAAACCAAUGUAUGCUUUGAAGAUGUUCUACUCUAUAUGUAUAGAUCAAGAUCUUUUGGGAGAGAGAAAUUAAAUGAUGGCAUUUUAAUAAAGUUAAUAACAUUUAUUCUAAAUCCUUUUAAAUUCCUGAUGUCUUUUGAAAACAUCCAGUAUAUAUGAAAAUACUAUCAAAUUAUAAGGCCAUGUUCAGAUAUAACACUAAACCUUGAUUUCAGAUAUAAUACUAAACCCAUAUAAAGAAAUGAGAUUUGAAGCAUUCCAUCAUGUCUAGAAUCAAACUACUUUACUGUGGAAUCCAAGUCUAGUAGGGGAUCAUUUGCACAAGCCAUAGUUGCCCACAAACCACAAUAAGAAGCCAUUGGCAAAUGAUUGUUUGACAGGUUCAGAUGAAAUAGCAAACUAUGAUUUGCCAGAAAUCAGGAACAGAAGUUUCUCCUCACCUUACACACAAAGGAGGAAAGCAUAUGCCCAGGGCACAUGACUCGGGCAAUACAUGGUUCACAUAGUUCAGAGGUUACUAAAACAUGGAUUAACACUGGCCACAUUCACACAUAACACUAAGCCAAACUGUGGCUUAGUGCAAAUGAGCUGGCUUCCAUAGAGGAGAUUGCACCUGCUUUGCUCCUCCCCAGGCUUCAUAGCUCAGUGCAGCAGGGCAACAAAGCCAUCAACUGAACUGUAGAUCGUGCUUAAGGUCUCUCUUUCACCACAGUCUCAGGUCUGGAUGACACAUUAAGCCAUCCUCUCUAGAAGCUAGUAUGCUUGCACAGUCCCCACAAUCCAUACUUUAUACAGUAUUGUGACAUGUGAACAGGGUCAUGGACACAGAGUCAAUGUUGAAAUUUCCUUUUACUAAAGCUGUUACCUUUGACUAGAAUACACUAUUUAUUUCUACAGUGGUACCUUGGUUGUUGAACGGCUUGGCUCCUGAACAAAUCAGUUCCCGAACGCCACUAACCUGGAAGGGAGUAUUCCGGCUUGCAAACGUUUUUCAGAAGCCAAACAUCCUCCGUGGCUUCCAAUUGAGUACAGGAAGCUCUUGCAGCCAAUAGGAAGCCACACCUUGGUUUUCAAAUGGUUCCGGGAGUCGAACAGACUCCCGGAACAGAUUAAGUUUGACAACCAAGGUACCACUGUAUUAAUGAAACAUUUCAAAAAUAUUUAACAAUACAUAUCAACAACAAACCAUAUAUAAUUUUUUUUCAUUCACAAAAACAUUUUAAAAAAACACAGUUCAUCCAGAGUGGGCUUUUUCAGAAGUUCAAUCACUGCCUUUUUCAAGAAGACCAGGACCACUUCCUCCCACAAAGAUGCAUUGGCCACACCAUGGAUCCACCCAGCCAUACACAGUGGAGAUGCUUUAAUAAGUCAAGUGGUGCAAGAUAGGAGGGAAUACAUUACUUAAAAAUAAGCUUCUCACUCAGAGAACCACAUGCAUUCAGUUCCCUAGUGCACACAAUCUGGCCCAUUCAUUCCAAUGGAGAAAAAAUAACUAUAUGAGCAACGUAAGACAUAUUUCCUUUUCUAGGACUAAAUAUAAGGUUCCUUCAAGAUUAAUAUUUCUCAGGGUAUCCUUAUAUUUUAGUAUGUCCAGAUGUUCUAUCUUGAACACCUGCAAUGAUAUAAUGGUUAAACAGUAAGGCCACACACUUCAGCUUACAGUAUAUAGGUGUUUAUGCCAAUUUCUCCCCUCCCCCAUCUCCUUCCCUGUUUCUUUCUCCAUAUGUUUGCCAUAUUGAGACAAAUUCCAAUAUGAGAUAUGAAAUGUUAACAACCUUUUCCAUAACUCUGGAACUCAUAUCUCACUUGAGUUGAAUAAUAGCUGAAAGGCAAUAAAACAAAUGGAAAAUACAGCAGUUUAAAGUGUCUGUAAACAUCUGUCAUCAGGAUGUUUAACGUUUGCCCUUUCUUGUGGCCAUAUGCAAAUUUCAGCAUAAAACAAAGUUAUUAUUUGGGAAGAGUGUUUUGGGCACAUUGAUUUCAUGGUUAGAGUGUCAAACAUGGACCUGGGAGACCAGGGUUUGAACCCCCAGUUGGCAACAAAGCUCGCUGGGUGACCUUGGGCUAGUCACUGUCUUCCCUCAGUCUAACCUACCUCACAGGAAUGUUUUGGGAAUUACAUGAGAAGGGGGAGAACCAUGCCCACUACCUUGAACUCUUUGGAGAAGAAUAGUGGGAUAUAAAUGCAAUAUGGGGUGUUAAGGGUGGGGUAGUACCUCUGAUGGGGGAGACAUUGUGCUCCUUCUGGAGCAGUUUGUCCACCUUUGGUCCCACCCUGCAGUCAGAUCUCAACUGUGGCUCCUGGAAGCUGUCAUCACGCAGCAGUGCUCAGGAAUAUCUUCAACUAACCAGCUAAACCAGGUGAGGGUAGCUGAUGGGUCUCAAACACUCAGUGAGGUAGGGAUUUCCCCUGCAUAUGAAGAUGGACUGGUAGAUUGAGUGGACAAAACCAAUAGUGGGUCCGAAGGUCAAGAAGGUUGUUUCUGCACGUGCAGUAUCCAUCAAUACACAUGGAGUCUAUAAAGCAAUUAUUAAUGUAGAAAACUAUAUUGGAAAUUAACAGUUAAGGCCUUUAGAUGAUUUAUUCCUGUUUCUGUUUAUCUAAUUAUUAAAUUCCAUAUCUUUAUUUUUGGUACUUUGCCUUUUGUUGUUUUAGGUAGCCGUACCAUCUAAUGUAGAAGGAAUGAGAAGUAUCCUUUAAGGAAAACAUCUAUCUGUAGACUGGGGGAGGGUUUUUCUUCUAAAGAGAGACAAAGACCAAUAUAAAAUUUGUACUUCUUUUUCUCUUUAAAAUAUUGGCUCUGAUACUAAGUUAUUUACUACAGUAUUCAACACUUAAUUGUAUGGCACAAUGGAAUCCCAUCAAUAUUUGUGGCCUUAAUUUUAUAGAUUUGAUCACAGAAGCAAAAUUUAUUCUAAUUGUUGAAAAAGAUGCAACUUUUCAGAGACUGCUGGAUGACAACUUCUGCAGUAAAAUGUCCCCAUGCAUAAUAAUUACGGUAUGUAGCUAACAUUUUGUAACUCUGGAACUUAUUUGACUGGUAGUGCAAUGAUUUCUCAAUAUAUAUUCAAAACAUUGAUAAUUAUAUAAACUCUACUUAGCCAUUAUUUCCUUAGGGAAAAGGUGUGCCGGAUGUCAACACAAGGCUUCUAGUCAGAAAGUUAUGGGAUACAUGCCAUGUGCCUAUCUUUGCUCUCAUGGAUGGUGAUCCACAUGGUAAGUGUGAGAAAUGGAAAUGAAGAUAGUCCUCCUCACCAUAUAAUUUAUGAUAGAGUAUUCUAAGAGCAGAAUAAGACUUUAUGAUAGAAACAGUUCUCUCAGUCUCAUGGCUCCCUUGUAAAAUGAUGCUGGGAACACUUUCAGGAGAAAAUUGGAAUGAGAUACUUAACAUUUUCCCACCCAGCAACCCAUCAUCCCUCCCAAGCUUUCUUCUGAAAACAAAAGUGAACUUAGCUGCGGAAGCGGGCAGAGUUGGCAGCCUUCCAAGUGCCCCCUACCUGACCUUGGCAUGAUUUCUGCAGAAGCAGAGUUAGGAACUCUGCCCUACUGAAAAAAAAUUGGGAAGGCAACAUAUCUAUUAAUAAUUCAUAGCACUAUUUUGGUAUACAAAGAUUUACAAUUAAGAUACAUUGCUAAAUCAUACAUUGAUUUAUUUUCACCUUUCAAAAAAAUGCAACCAUGUAUUCAAAACACCAAUGGUGGCUCAAUCCAAAAUCCUAUCCAACAUGCUGGGGAGGGGAGUUUAGAUGAAGUGGAGAUAUAUUUCUGCCCAGCCCAGAAGUGCUCCUCCAGUGGACUAAUGCUAUUGCCCCAACCAAAAGUGAAAUGGGGCAUUCUAUGAACCAAAUCUGCCCCCCAAUAGGUAUACCUCAAUUUACAUUUCAUAUCAUCUUUAUAUUAGGUAUUGAAAUAAUGUGUAUCUACAAGUAUGGUUCUGUGGUAAGUUUUUUACAACUUUAAAUUCAAAAUUCUGUUGCACCAUUUCUAGCUAAAAUGUGAUAUAGGAAAACUAUUGCUGGUUUAUUUAAGCAGGACUAAUACGUUAUGUCUUAUUUUGGUCUACAUUGUUUCUGGACCAAAGUCUUAUAUCUUUUGGGACUGCAGUUGAUGGAAAAUGUCAAUUCAGUGUGUAGCAGCUGUGAAAAGGAUGACACCCAUGCUAGAAAUUACAAAAGAAAGAAUUGAAAAUGAAAUUGUAUAAUAAAGUUCUGAUACAAAUUUAUGUUGUAACCACAUUUAGAGUAUUUUGUAUAGUUCUGUUCACUCUAUCUCCAAAAAUACAUUGUAGAAGUAAAAAUGGUGCAGAGUGGGGCAACCAAAAUUAUCAGGGGUUAUAACUCAUUCUCAUGAGGCUCCUGUAGGGCUCUUAACCUUGGGAUGGCACUUCCCCCUGGAGCAUAUAGGCGAUGUGAGUCUUCAUUGCUUCUCCAUUGGAAGGGCUGCCCUGCACUCCUAGACUGAUCCUGCCAAGUAAACCAAAGUUGAAUUGGGUUUACAGCGUAAGCCUAGCCAUGUCUACUCAGAAGUAAGUUCUACUGAAUUCAAUGAGACUUACUUCCAGGUAAGUGGGCUUUUGAAUACAGCCAAGUGCAUAGAAGGAAAGGGUCCUGAGGGGCUUAGUUUAUGAAGAAUAGAUCCACAGCAAUCAGUGCCAGGAUCUGAAGGUGGUAGGUCAGGAUCAAUGCCAGGAUCUGGAGGGGGUAAGAUGCCUUCAGCCAGCCUGCCCAACGUGGAUCUCUCUUUUUGUUCUCCCUUCUUGUUCCCAGCAUACCUUGCUAAAAAUACUCUUUUACCUUCACCUCAUACCCAGUUACCCUAGCAACCGUCCAACCCCCAGUCUCUGUUCACACCUCAGGACAGGAGGGAAGGACAGUUCUCUUACAUUGCCAAUGGCCCUCAAUGGCCCUGUAUUGUUUCUUAAUAUCCUUGACUUAGCCAGGUCUCUCUUUCCCCCCCUUUUCUUUUCUUUUUUGCAUAGGCUAGCCUAGGAAUUCUUCUGCAGUUUGUAUUUCUUCUUCACAACCCAAAUAAUCAAAAUCCUACUAUUUAUUAAUUUCUAGGGUUUAGGAGGGUCCCUGAACCCUAGUAUAACAUAGUAUACCUGCAUCUCUACCAAAAUGAGCAUGGGUCGUGAACUUUUAGAUGGAGAUUCCUCAUCCUGGAUAGAUGUGACUAGAAAACAGGAUUCUGAUGGGUUUUUUAAUAGAAGGACUGAAGCUCACCUAAAACCAGUUAUCUCAAUAGAAAGAGGCUAUAAUUUACCUAUUGUCUAUCCUACUAUCACCAAUAUCUUUGUCAGAUAAACUUCCAAGCUGACAUUUUUCUUUUUUUAAAAAAAGUAUUUUUAUUUAAUUUUAUCCAUAUAACCCCAAUAACAAAAUAGAACUUAAUGAGACAAACACAUAAAAAUCAAAACAAGUCUUGGCAUGGGAUGCUCCAUUCAUACAAAUAAAUAAUAAAGCUUAUCUAGAUAUUUGCAAGACAGGUAAGUGGAGAGUACUGUCAUAAGAACUGAGAAAACGAGAAGUGUUUUUUUCACAUUUCAGUCUAUGUCAUUUGAAGCCCAUCGCCUCACAGUUCCUGCUAUAAGAUGGCUUGGCCUUCUUCCAUCUGAUUUUGACCGGUUAGUUACUUUUCUAAGAACUUAAAUUUCCCUCAUUCUUUCACAAAAAUGAAACCAAAAACAAUACAUUUACUUAAAAUCCCACAAAACUGGGAAACUUCUGUUGGAUUAUUCUGUAUAAAAUACACAUGGACAGCUACAGGGUAAGAGGGAGGGAUUUUCAAUCAGUGCCCCACUCCUUUUAUUUCAGUGUGUAGAUUCAUAAAAAUAUUUUUAAACAAGUGUGAAAAAUAAGAUACAGUAGUCAGAUUCAUCUAUCUGCCUUUCAGACUGAGUAUACCCAAGACUGCAUUGAUUCCAUUGACUAAACAAGAUCAAAGUAAACUGGACAGUUUGAAUACAAGACCUUAUAUUGCUUAUCAAUCAGCAUGGAAAAAAGAAGUAUGUACAUUUUUUUACUAUUUAUUAUUUUUUGAGCUUCUUGAACUCAUUUUCCCUCUUACUCUACACAGAAAGAAUAUGUUACCUUAAUUAGAAUAAUAGAAUUAUGUGAUUCUAAUUGAGGUAACGUAUUCUUUCUGUGUAGAGUAGGAGGAAAAUUCAUACAUCAUCCCAAACAACAGUUUAAUAGCAUGGUGUUUAAUGAAGAAGCCAUGGUUUGCAAUCAACUACCAAACUCAAAUCAGAACUAGGUUUCCAAAUUAUUGCUUGGAUCCAAGCACCUCUUCCACAAACUCAUGUGUAACAGCUAGCAUAGGGGUGGGAAACCUUUUCCGGUUCAGUAGGCCAGAUUGGCCUUACCCCAACAGGCCAAAUUUGACAGGUGGGUGAGACAUCCCAUAUAUCAAUAAGCUGUCAUUAUGACAUCAGAUUAUUGACAGGUGUGUUAUCUCACUCACCUAUCAAAAUCCCUUGUACAACAUUUCCCAAGCACCCCAUAGCCAGCUGGCUGUCAGGCAACUGGAAAUUACUGUGCAAGGGCUUUCAACUAUUAGAGCACUUUUGAAUCAAAUUUCAUGUUUUCUGCUAAUUAGCUAUGUGUAAUCUACCAACUGACACAACCCAUGGCUCUGCCUCCAGAUAAUGCACUAUUGAGACAGGAGUGUAUUAAUGUGAAUGCUAAAGACAAUGGAAAAGAAAAGCAGACUAACAGAUCCCAGGUAUAGAUUGUAUUUUAAAAAACCUUUAUUGGUUAUAUACAGCACUAUGGUUUAUCCGUCACAAAUAGUUUAUCUUUAAGACCACUUUCAUUUGUGUAUUGAAUAAACAGCUACUGUAUUGCAUAAGAUUUGUCCAGUAAUGCUUGUCCUUUUAUCACUUUUAAGUUAUUAGUUAUUUUCUCAGCAAUAGCCAAUAGCCAAUCCUUUCAAGGCUUUCCAGGUUUAUAUAGGUAGAAUAAAUCCUUGGUAUUUAAAUCAGUAUUUAGGCCUUAUAAAAGGGACAAUAAGCAUGCUGCAUAUUUGUAAAGCCUGUCCAUGGCUUUUUGUGAUCUUGGAGUUCAGCUACCACAACUAAACUGAAGUCAUAUGUGCCUGUGAGCCAAAGCCACAUAAAAAUACAGUUCACUAACAAAUGCAUGAUUUAUUAAGCACAUUGCCCACCUGUCCUCCCACUGACUGUAAUUGUAAUGAAAGACAGUUUAUUAUUAAUUAUACCACCAAAUAAACUACAAACAGGAAACAAGAAAAGACGUUACAGAUCUUAAUAUAUCUGACUACUUUGAUUCAUAUAGUGUUAUAUACUAAAGUUCUCACCCUGGGCCAGCAGGGGGAUACUGUAGAUAGUUCAGGUCCACAUAUGCAAAUAAGGGAUCGAAAGUGACGUUCAGUGAUUAGAUAGUUACAGAAAGUUGUUACGGUUACGUUGUACUGGAGCUCUAUAUAAGCAGGGCGGCUGAACCCUUCAGUUCAGUUCUGUUCUGACCUGUGAAUAAACAAGAGCUGUUUGGAGAAUCGCUGUGUUGUCUGAUAUGUUCACCCACAACUCAACAGUAAGCUGCUUUAUUUGCUGCAGUGCAAGCUUUUGAUUUUACUGCAGCAGUAGCAGCUGAUAGGAUUGAGCUGUAAAUUGCCAUGCAUAAUGUAAAAGAAAGGAAAUUACUACAAGUAAAAAGAGAUUAAGACCAUAAUCCAACACAAACAUAGGCAUUCUAAAGUCAAUCAAAAUCAAUGGUUUCAGUUCACUUACACAGUACAUACUCAAUUGUGGCCAAAAGCUGCUCUUGUACAAUAAAGGUUUGUUUUUAUACUAUGAAAUAACUUGAAACUGGAACAAAACUCUUUUGUUUCUUAUGUGGCACAGUUACUCUUCUAGAUCACUGUAAGUGUAAUAUAUGCAUCAUAUCAAUUUCAAUAGAAGUUUAAUUUCCAAUGCUUUCCUUUACAGCUAGAUAUUAUGGCAACAUGCAAAAUGAAGGCUGAAAUUCAAGCAUUGACGCAUUUUUCAUCCGAUUAUCUUUCCAGAGUGUACUUGCCAAAUAAAUUGCAGUUCGGUGGAUGGAUAUGAAUAUUCAGUCAACUGUUAAAACAUUUCAUGCAUCACUGUAAAAAAGUUACAUGCAAUCCUAAUUGAAAAGCUGCAGAAUUUUUUUUAACAAUUUGGGGUGCAUUUGUUUUUGCCUUUGAUCUUUUUUUUAAAAUUGGAAAGAAUGAUAAUUUCCUUCCAUGAAUCCACAUUAUAUUGCAGUCACCUAAUAUGUACUAAUUGCAAAUUGUUAAAAAUAAAAAGUGAUUCUUACAGAAAGGCAAAGAGGAUAUGUUCUAACAUUUAAUUUAAAACCUUGAUUAAUUUCUCAUAAUUCAAGAUACAAAACUGCUAUUUUUAAUGCAAACUAUUGUUGCAAAUACUGUUAGGACGUGAUGUAUCAUAUAUUCAUUUAUUUCAGCUUACAGACAAUUGCAAAUUAACCACAAGAUAAAAAAACUAUAAAAUGAUUAUUCCUCAUCUUUAUAAAAUUUCCUAGAAAAAUGGAAACAUAUGCAAACAUUCAAUAUUUCACAGGCACUUGCAGUAGUAUUGAAGCGGCUCAAUGCAUGGGAGUGCAGUGCCAGAACUUUUCAAAGUAGGAACACCAGGGUAGUUGAUGGAACUUUCUUGCUUUGGCAUGUGAAUGAGGUGACUAUGAGGCUUUUAAGUGUGGUUGUGACAUAGAAGCCCAGAGCAGCAUUCCCUAAUGUCCUCCAGUUGUUCAACUGUGCUGCAGUAACAUUUGUGCUUGCUGGGGCUACUGGGAGCUGUUAGUCCAAGAUAUCUGGCGGUAGCUAGGUUUGGUAAGUGGUUGGACAGUGUUCUCGAAACUACCAACAUGAGUUUGACCAAACUGCGGGAGGCAGUGGAAGACAGGAGUGCCUGGCGUGCUCUGGUCCAUGGGGUCACGAAGAGCCGGACACGACUAAACAACAAGGUUUGGGACGACUGGCAUAGAGGAAGUCAGAGAAUGAGGAAAAUUAUCAGAGACUGAGUACUUUAGUUUUGAUGGGCUUCCUAAUUUACACUUGUUUAAAUGGUAACACUUCUCUACAAAAUUGUUUGCUUUCUAAUUAAAUGCUAAAGAUUGCAUUUCAGCUGGAGGAAGAUCUUUAUUAAAUACCUCUUAUUAAAUAUGUUUUUUCAAGUUGAACCAAUAUAGUCAGAAGAAAGAAUCACUUAAGUUCAGUGGAGUUGUUAGAAGUGAAGAUCACUGAGUUUAGCAGUUUCCUCCCCAGGAAGCGAUAUAUAACAUUGCUGCUGUAGUCAAAUAGUCUUUAUGCUACGUACUGCUGCCUUGGGGUGCGCGCGCGAAUGGUAACAGACCAACACAGCUAGCUAGCUGCUCUUUUGGACGGCUCUUGAGGACAAGGAACCGAACUCUCCUUGGAGACGUGCCUAUAGGGGGCGUCACGACGAGCUCCUGCACUUCAAAAUUUACCAUUCCCUUACACCUGGCCACCUGUUAACCCCCUUCAAAAGCAGGUAAAAUGCAAAAUUAGAUGCAUCCAGAUUCGUCGUUGAGCAAACUUCCCAACACCUCACAAGUAAUAAUAAUUUGUAGAAUCCAGAUUUUUCCCUCCUGCGUGCCUUCAGCCAAAAUUGUUACCUUUGGCUAAACUGGAGCAACAGCCUAAUCGCGGAACCGCGCGAGCAUCGGAAGCCACCUUGCAAUAACCUAAAAGCAGCGGCUCCUGCGGACAGACACAGCCUGCAAAGGAAAGGACCAACCGGGUAAAGCACGUGAGCGCCCGCCAGAGGCCACGCCCACCUUUAACCCGUGAACUGACGCCGGCGCCUACGAGUUCAAUUCCACGGUGACGCAUGCGCAGCGUGGACGGGCCUGCGUUCAGUUGCCGCGGCUCCGGGGGCUCCCUUGGCGCUCCGGCUGGAGAAAGAGGAGAGGGUCGCGCGGGGAAGGAGGACGGUCGGCCCCGGCCCGCCUGAGGUACGCUCCCCUUCCCUGCGCCCGGCCAGGCCCGCGUGGGGCGUCCGGGGCCGGCCUCGUGGCUCGCCAGGCCCUCCCGCUGGAGCCGUGGCACCUCGCGCUUCUCUCCCCGGCUCUCUCGGUCCCCUUCAGCCGCGGCCCUUCCCUUGCUUGGCCGCGUCGUGGGGGUCAUUCCCCAGCCAUGGUAUCGGGGGGGGGGCAGGUAGCCCGCCCUUUCAAGCAGCGCAGUAGAGCCGCUUGAAUGGAAGGACUUCCGCCCCACGUGCUGUCGGAGCAGGACUUUAUUUAUUCUUCAAGGCAGUUCAGAAAGAAAGACAGGCAGAGAAAAGGGCAGAUGGGUAGCCGCCUGUCAUGGAUGCUUUAGUUGAGGUUCUUGCAUUGCAGAGGGUUGGACUAGAUGACCCUUGGGGUCCCCUCCAACUCCACGGCUCACUGAUUCUAUUAGCCUCGACCUUGCUAACGGUCCUGUGGUGAUACCAGCAGGGUCCCCUGCCGUCCAGGGUUGUUGUAACCCAGGGGUCAGCAGACUUUUUCAGCCGGGGGCCGGUCCACAGUCCCUCAGACCUUGUGGGGGGCCGGACUAUAUUUUGAAGGGGGGGAAAACGAACGAAUUCCUAAGCCCCACAAAUAACCCAGAGAUGCAUUUUAAAUAAAAGCACACAUUCUACUCAUGUAAAAACACACUGAUUCCCGGACCGUCCGCGGGCCGGAUUUCGAAGGCGAUUGGGAUGGAUCCUGGGCCUUAGGUUUCCUACCCAUGUUGUAACCACUACAGAGAACUCUGGAGAAAAAAACUAUGCAGUUGCCCAAGGCGCAGCAUGCCUGGGGGUGGGGGUGGGGGGAAGAUACACCCUACACUGUUGGGAUGUCACCUUGAAACAGAGAUCUUUAUAAUUGCUACAGGGAUGUGUCUUGUACAAUGUACAGCAAUGAAAGCAUGAAUGCUUCAUUACCCUUUUUAGUAACAGUUGGGAAUAUGUGCAGAGUAUCCAUAUGCUUUUCCUGGAGAUGCACCUUUUUACACUUCUUGCGCUACGUAAAAUUUUGAAUUUUCCACAAUGUGAACCAGCAUUAAGGUAGAGAACAAAGUGCGCCCCCACUUACAUUGUGAUAGUUCUCCUUCCUGGGGCAUAAAGAGCAGGGCGUUAUCUGAAUAUUGAAUGAAGGAUUCAAUCUUAAACACAUUUACUUAAAGAAUGAGUAAGACUUCAUCGAAUAAAGUGGGACCUGCUUUUCAGUAAGCACGCGUAUGGUUGUGCUGUAAAUCCCGCUUAAUUCAGUGGCGGCAUUUAUUUAUAGACCACCCUUCAGUGCAAGGCUCCCAGGGCGGUGUACAAUAUACAAAAUUAAAACAGACAAUAAAACACUACAUAAAACAAUAUAAGUCACAGAAGUAGCACCAGUAAAAUCCAGCAGAAGCCAUGUCAACAACUACUAGAUAAUCCUCAGGAAGGAUACAGUCAAACCUCGGAUGUUGAACGUAAUCCCUUCUUGGAAGCCCAUUCGGCUUCCAAAACAUUUGACAACCGGUUGCAAAAGCUUCCUGCAGUCAAGCGGAAGCCGCGUCGGACGUUCGGCUUUCAAAAACUGGAGCAUUUACUUCCCAGUUUUCAGUGUUCAGGAACCAAAACGUUCAAGAACAGAGCCAUUUGGGAACCAAGGUUUGACUGUAGAAGGUCUUCUCCCCAGUCACCAUCUGCCUAACUUCAGAUGAUGGGUCUGGAGGGAGAAUCCCAGAUAAGGACUUUGGAUAAGUCAUGUGAAAGAAAGUGGUCCUUCAGAUUUGCUCCUAUGCCACUGUAUUUGUGUGAUUCAGGGCAUAAAUUUAUUUUUUGUAAAAAAAAAAAAAAAGUGGUCAUAUUAUAAGUAUGAUGAUUGUUGCAUAGUCCGCAUAGAAAAUACUUCUAUUUAAAUUAUUUUCAAUUAUUUUUACAGGGGCAAGAUGAGUUUGUUUGGGUCAACAUCAGGGUUUGGAACUGGAGGUACCAGCAUGUUUGGCAGCACAGCUACAGAUAAUCACAACCCUAUGAAGGUAUGUAGCCCCACUUUGCAUCCCUUUGUUUUUACCUUCACCUGACCCCCAUAUCCAUGCCACCUCCCUUUUUCAUGCAAACUCCUCCCCUCAUAGACACCACUCCCAUGGCAACCUUAUGCAUCUUCCUCCUCCUACACAUUGCACCUACUAAGCACCUUUCCCCCCUUCCAUCCAGUUAUGAAGCCAUUAUUCUGCAGCCUUUUCAUAACCCCACUUUCAUCUUCACUCCCAUUCCCAUGUCACCUGUCCCUCCUUUUUUGCAACCCCGCCUUGUGCCCACCGUUUUCAUAUUCACUCAGAUUUGUCUUCCGUCCUCCUUUUCUCAACUCUCCAUUGCACAUAGACCACCCACUUUUCCAUGCCCCCUCUCCUUGUGUUCUGCAGCCCCCUUUUCGUGCACCCCCUGUGGUUAUAUAUGCUGCUGUAUAUAUAAGAGAAAUAGGAUUUUAAGAGCAAGCCUGUAAGCUAGCUUGUUCAGCUGGAAGAGGUUAAGUUUAAUUGAUGGAUGUACAUAUAUGGGUGUUUGCCUGUUAAUAGAAUACCCGCUGAGAAUUGCUACUUUGAGUUGGGGACUUGAUGUUCAAGAUAGCACAUGGUGUUGUUGUUUAGUCGUUUAGUCGUGUCCGACUCUUCGUGACCCCAUAGACCAGAGCACGCCAGGCACUUCUGUCUUCCACUGUCUCCCGCAGUUUGGUCAGACUCAUGUUUGUAGCUUCGAGAACACUGUCCAACCAUCUCGUCCUCUGUCGCCCCCUUCUCCUUGCGCCCUCCAUCUUUCCCAACAUCAGGGUCUUUUCCAGGGAGUCUUCCCUUCUCAUGAGGUGGCCAAAGUAUUGGAGCCUCAGCUCUCAGCUUCACGAUCUGAGCACAUGGUAUCGGGAGUGAAAUAAAUUGGAAAUAAAUCCUCCAGUGGAGGCAGUGUAAUGAUAUUAUUUUAGACGUGUCUCCAGGCAGAUAAAUUACUUCUAACUUUGAUUUCUGUUCUAGGAUAUUGAAGUUACUUCACCACCUGAUGACAGCAUAGGCUGUUUAGCUUUCAGCCCACCAACAUUGCCGGGGAAUUUCCUUAUUGCAGGAUCAUGGGCAAAUGAUGUAAGUAACAAAUGAAAGUAGGUAUUGAGGCAUACCAUGCACUUUGCCUGCAUUAUUUGUACUGAAUAUGGGCAGCUGCUUCUUGCAAACAAAAUGUGAUAAUCUUAAUGUUUAAAGCAACUGUGUACCACUCUUUGAGACAAGUCUGUCUCAAAGACUAUAAAAAAGCAUUAACAAUUUAAAUGUUGUUUUAAAAAAUAUUGGUUGCCUCCUGUUAACAAGGAACAUCUCCUGUUAUUGGAAUAGAGACUAAUGAUGAUUUAUUUUGUAUAUGAAUCACUUCCCAUAAAACAUUCCAAAAUAAUUUAAUUGUUAAAAAACAUUAACAAUUUGAUGAAAAAUAGAGGUAGGAGUAGUAUCUUAGCUUGCAUUUCUCUGGACACACAGAUGUUGACAUAACAUCCUUGUGUGCAUUAAUUGUUCACUCUUUUCUAAUGGUACAAUGUUAUACAUGUCUGCUCAGAAGUAAGUCCCAUGGAGUUCACUGGGUCUUACUUCCAAGUAAGUGGAUAUUGCAUUGUGGCCUCAAGGUAUCCUGCUUUGGUUGGUGCAUCUGUUUCGAAUAAAGUUGUUUUAGAAGGCAAAUUCUAAAAUAAUAGUCAUGCUAUACUGCAGUCUUAUUCAUACUUAAUAAGCUUUUUUGAACAGUGGUACUUACUCCUGGGAGUAAGCAUUCAUAGGAUUAGGUUUGCAUCUAUUGUAGCAAAAAUAAAAGUCCUGUGGCACCUUAAAAGCAGCAAAUUUAUUGAUGCUUUCAUAAAGCAGCUUCAGUUCACCAGGAGGUUCUUUGGCCUAGUGUUUUCAAAACACCUGAAAAAAACCCAAUAAUAUUUAGAGUAAUGUUGAGAAUUAUUGCAGCCCAGUGGCUAAGGUGGAAAUCAAAAGCCUUAAUUAAAAACCUAAGGAAAGGGUUCUCACUACCUCCAUUGUCUUGAUGUAAAAUGGAAAACUCACAAGACUUCAGGGUUGUUUUUGUUAGAAUUCCUGCUCCAUGAUUGCAGUCAUAGGAUUGUUGUCUAUCACAUGACGAUGUAUGUUUUGACUCCACAGAGUGGGAAGUGACGGAGACAGGAUGUUGGUGUUACUGUGUUCCAUGAAGUGGGACUAUUGUCCUUUGUUCUUUCUCUUUGCUAUCUGAUGCUAGAGAGAGAGGGAGCCAUGUUGCAGUGCUCUGUGUGUGUUUAUAUGUAAAUAAAGUAGAUUAGCCAAAAUGCUGAGUUGCGAAGACUCUGCGGAUUCCUAAGUGUGCUGGUGUCUGUUGGCAUCGGUUGCUGUGAUGUUCAGCCUGAAGAAAGCUUGAAGCUCCCAAAUGAACAACCAGGAGGGAGAGAACAUGCCAGUCGGGCAUGUGUCUCUACCAGGGUCCUACUCAAGUGUAGGACGAGCUCCUGACAGUUUUAAGGGCAAACAGUGUGAACAGCUGUACAUUAAGAGUGGUGUACAAAUGAAUCUUACUUUAAAAUUAUUCUGUCUCUUCAGGUUCGUUGUUGGGAAGUCCAGGAUAACGGCCAGACAAUUCCAAAAGCACAGCAAAUGCACACAGGGCCUGUGCUAGACGUUUGCUGGAGUGACGUACGUCCUUUUAUUGCACAAGAAGUAUUCUUAAAGAUCUGUAAUGUUUCUUUGGGAAAUCUGAAGGCUAUAUAGCUUCUCCUUCAGUGGAGAAGGAUGGAAGAGUUGGGUGGAAAAACCUCUUUAGAAUAACCUGCAUCCACUAAAUGGCAUGAUCCUGUCCUGAAAAUUCUAAUGUUCUUUUCUACAAUAUCAGGAGAUCUAUGCCCUUGAUAUGCUGUCACACUCGGACAUGUAUUUUAGAAACAGAUAAAAUACUACGGAAUUUAUAUUUCCCACCCACACCUUCUCUUGUCGUUAUAUAGGAUGGGAGUAAAGUGUUUACAGCAUCUUGUGAUAAAACUGCCAAAAUGUGGGAUCUCAACAGCAACCAGGCAAUACAAAUUGCACAGGUAUGAUUUUUUUCAUAGUCUUUUAUAGAAAAGCUGAAUAGAAGUGUAUUUAAAUGAAGUGCUAUUCAGAUAAAUGUUGAGCGUUUUAAUCCAUCUUCAUCAGAAUGGGGAAGCUUUCUUACGCAUGGUCUGCAUUACCUUAAUAGAAAGCUGUCAGGGGUCACAUUCUAGUAGUGGGUAGGCUAAACUAAAAGUGGACCAAGCCUACACAACCUAUUUCCCAUGGAUACAGGGGUAUAUAUUUAAUUCUUAGUACACUCCAGGUUCACCCAUCAAUUUUCUCCAUAGAUGCGUCAAACAGAUCUUGUAAGAAGAAAGGAGAGAAAAGCUCUGCAGUACCCUUUAUAUGCCCUAAGUUUUGCAAAAGGCAGAACUUUGCUCUAUCCUCCCAUGCCUGUGUGAAAUGGGGGGAAGUGCAAGAAUGCUAAUGUGAUUGGUGUUUGCUUUGCAUUGCUGUGUCCAUCAAAAGAGAAGGUACAAGGCGAGACCAGGCUUGCUUUGCAAAAGAAGAAAAAGCAGCGGUCUUCAUUCCAGUUAUGUCUGCACCCACCCUAAAAUGCAUGAAUGAGCCUUAUUCUAGACAUCUUUUAAAACCUCCUUGUCCUUUAGCAUGAAGCUCCUGUAAAGACUGUCCAUUGGAUUAAAGCACCAAAUUAUAGCUGUGUGAUGACUGGAAGCUGGGAUAAAACUCUGAAGGUAAGAUGUCAAUAUUUUGUUUGCAUUAACGCUAUUCUACAUAUUUGAAAAUGUUUUCAGCAGAUUUUGCGUAGCAUGUAUGAUGCAGAAAAUUGUGAGUUCCGUGUUUUGUUUUGUUUGUAGCAUUAUUGUAUGUGGUACAAUUGUAUCCAUGUUUACUUAGAAGCAAGCCCUGCUGCAUUCAGUGGGCCUUUCUUCCAAAUAAGUGUGCCCAACAUUUCUGCUUGAGGGUGUGAGGUAUGAACUGGAAGCGCCUGGUUGUAAUCCUGCGAGGCCAUGAGCUCCCUCAAUAAAUGACUGUUAAAGGUCCUUUGGUGCCCUAGUUUGUAUCAUAGGAGUAAUCCCAGUUCCUCCCUUAAAAGGUUGCUCUAAGAAUGAUAAAGAAUGCAUGUGAAAUGCCCAAAGUCCUUAGCCAGCUAUACAGUGCUUGUUUAUAUAGUAGUAUCUGUUAUUAAUAUGACUUCAGUGUGUAAAAGCGCACUGAAAUGCUUUGAGCACAGUCACUAUUAUUUCAGCUUGCAAAGAUUGGGACAAACCCCAUACACUCAGUUCAUCCUUAAGACCAUCUUUGAACCAAAGCCCCUCACCCCAUUCAUCGUUGUAUUGACUUGCAAUACACAGGCUUUCCAGAACCAGUCUUAGUUAAGGACACGGAGACGGCAUAGUCAGUUUUGCUAAGAUAGCCUGUAUAAUACCUUAUGUGUGGGAUUGUUGAUGUUUUUCAUUUUUUAGUUCUGGGACACCCGAUCGCCCACGCCAAUGAUGACCCUACAGUUGCCUGAGCGGUGCUACUGUGCUGAUGUAGUAAGUAAGAGAUCUUUUGGCGUGUGUUUGCAUGAAAACAUGCUGUCGUUUGCCAUUUGUUUAGCUGUCUUUCUACCACAGUAAUUAACAGGCUGAGUUUGUAUCAUUUUGUAUCAUUGUUAUCAUUUUAGGCAAGUGCUUUUACUGUUCAUUUUGACUAUGUAAAUUUUGAUUCAGAUGAUAAUUUAAAAGUUUAUUUUCUACUUUUUACUUUAAUUUAUCUUGUUUCAGGUAUACCCUAUGGCUGUUGUAGCUACUGCAGAGAGAGGCUUAAUAGUUUAUCAGUUAGAGAAUCAGCCUUCUGAAUUUAGAAGAAUAGACUCUCCACUUAAGCAUCAGGUAAUAAUUAAACUUGAGUUAACUUGUCUUGAUUUAUAGGAAGUAGGCUUUCUUUAAGUUGUGCCUAAAUCAAUACUUUUAAAAACAGUAUUUCUAGCAGUUGUUCUAUUUAUGUGAUAGAUUUUUUUUUUAAGCAUCAUGGGCCAAAUUCUAUAAUUUGUUUACAUAAAUAACUGUCAUUAUCACUACUGGGAUCUUAAAUUUUAUUCUUAGCUGUUCUUUUGAGAGGGAUAAGAAUCAAAACUGGUUGGAAGAAUAGCUUCUUAGAAGAACCCCCCAAAAUGACUUUGCCAGCAUAUAUCUUAUUGCAAGGAAUUUAAAUUUGAUAAUCUAGAAUUCAAAAAUGCUAUUUCAAGUGUUUAAGAGAACUUGAGCUUACACAUAUGGAAUUGUAAAACACUCUUUUCUUUGGCACGCAGACCUUCAUGCCAUAAUGCAGAUCACUUUGAAAAUUUCUUCAGUUUCUGAAAAGAUUUGUCUUAUGGCAUGGUGGGCUACCGUUUGAGAAACCCAAAGUGAGUUACUUGAAACUUGGCCCUCAUCCUUUGAGUGCAGCCAGAAAUUGACGCCUGAGAAAUAACUAUUUCCCAAAGGUCCUUGAAUAUUUGGACCUGUUCUUCCCAUUGGGAUUUGAAUCAUACACAAUUCUUUGGCAAAAUCUUUAAAAAUCCUGUUAGAGUUCUCCUAAUAAGUAAAUGCUUUGCAUGCUCUUAACUGUUCAGUAGCUUUUAUGUUGCAUUGUCCCUGCUAACGCUUUAGGCUUGUUUGAUAGCUGACCGAAGUUGCAAUCCUAUGUACACUUAUGUGGGAAUAAGUCCUGUUGACUUUAGUGGGAUUUUCUUUGGAGUAGACAUGUAUAAGAUGGUGCCAUAAAACCCAACCUCUAUCCCCCAUUUAGCACCGCUGUGUUGCUAUCUUUAAAGACAAAGUGAACAAGCCAACAGGGUUUGCCCUUGGAAGCAUCGAAGGAAGAGUAGCCAUUCAUUACAUUAACCCACCAAAUCCGUAAGUAUCUUGAAAUGGGCUGCAAGCUGCCCACUUAGGCUUGCAUGGAACAUGGGCUUGUAGAAGUAGGCAAUCUGUUGCGUGCAAUGUGAAAUGACAAAUGCUUUUUUUCUUCCAGUGCCAAAGACAACUUCACCUUCAAAUGUCAUCGUUCCAAUGGCACAAAUACAUCUGCACCUCAGGAUAUCUAUGCUGUAAGUAUUUCGCACGACAUCCAAUAAGGAUCCUCCAGGGCUGCUGAAAGUUAUCCAGACCAAGUAUAGAUAUGAUGUCAAAUCUGGAGUCUUCGUUCUUUGACAUUUUGUCCCUAAAGAGAAAUUUUGCUUCUGUCUAAAGGCAGAAAACUGACAUCUGUAACAAUCAGAAUGUGAGUCGCUGAAGAAUUUGUGCCUGCUACAUUUUCAACCCGAUUUUUUUUUUAUUCCAGUAAAAUACGUUCUUGAGUGAAGAAAAUGACAUUUCCCCAUGCCCUUGGGACAGAUGAUCAGAUACUUCUCUAUAUAAUAGCUAGUUUCCAAUAUUCUCUCCUAGCAUUUUGUUCCGCUUUAGCAUGUUUAGUAACUGGGACUUAGAGCUACGGAUUCCAUUGAGUUAACUAGGACAAAGCAAAUGGGACCCGGUUUGGGAAACAUUUUGGAGGGGUAAACCCCCCCCCCCAAAGAAAAUACUGGGAUUACCAGGCCAAGGAUAUCGCUUGAGUGUAUAUCUUGAUUUUCUACCAUAAGAUCUAAUGCACACACACCUUUUGUUUCCGUGGGGGAAAACUUAAAGUUGCACGUGGCAGUGUUGGGCCCAAAACCUGGUCCCCACCCAUAAAACUGGGUGUCCUAGUCACUUUUGGCAGACACCAUGGGAACAGAGACCAGUAUUCAUCUUAUGGAGCUCUAGCAGAUGUCAGUGGAGGGAAAACUUGUUUGUGGUAGUUCUCCCCACCUUUGCCGAAACAAGGAGCCAGAUUCUGUAGCAUAGGCACUGAGAGAGCUUCUGGCUUGGAAAGAGGGAAGCAUGCCUUACCCCUCUUUCUGGGCCUGGAGGCUAUGGUUUGUUGGGGAUAACAGCUGGUAGGGCCAGCUUUUAAGAAGCAGUUCAGACUCCACCUUGUGCUUAGUGUAGUGAGGUGGGUGAGGAAGGACCAAAGAACAAUGGUUCAUCUCCUUUCCUCCUCCAGUCCUUCCCGGUGACCAUUGCCUUUGUGAGCAAAGCUAGUUGUGGUGUCACGUCUGCUUCAGUGGUAUAAAACUGGGAGGUGGGGGAAGGGUGAUAAAGUAUUUUGGGGAAGUAUUGGAAACUGUCAAGUAAUAGACCUUUUUUUUACAUGAAUGAACUUUGCUGUUUUGGUCUGAAAUGACUAAACAAAGCUUGCGAUGACUUUUUUAAAAAAUACAUCAUUCGCUUCCUUUCCGAACUUUGUUGGUUCAGCUGUUAACUUUCAAACUGAUUCAUAUAAGACUUUCGUUCACUUUUGGAACUGGUGUUUGAAUGUCAAUAUUUUCCUCUUCCUUCCUCAUCCCUCUUUUGCUAUCAUGUCUCUUGGGUUAUAAGCCCGAGAGCGCAAACUGAUACCGUGUAAGUCACUCGAAAUGUUUUCCAAAGAGUGGCGUGAAAAUGCUUAAAUUAAAUUUUAAAUGAUUACUUUGAAGGUUAAUGGGAUCGCCUUUCACCCUGCCCACGGCACCCUUGCAACGGUAGGAUCUGAUGGCAGAUUCAGCUUUUGGGAUAAAGAUGCGCGGACAAAACUAAAAACCUCAGAACAGCUGGACCAGCCAAUAUCUGCUUGCUCCUUCAACCACAACGGCAAUAUAUUUGCAUAUGCGUCUAGUUACGAUUGGUCAAAGGUGAGUUGGCUGAAACGUAAAGAGAGCAUCUUUUAAUAGAUGUUGUUGGAGAAAUUCGGCAUCUCAGUUAAACUGAAAUAUCUAGAAAGAGAAGGAAAUACACCUAGUACCAUGGCACAAUAUCUGAAUGCAGCCAGAGCCCCACUUACUUGCAAGGUGUUAAAUAAAAUACUUGGUUAAGGUUUAAUUUGUUACUGCUGUGUAAUACAACUGUAUUUAACCAUUUUUGCAGGGGCAUGAAUUCUAUAAUCCGCAAAAGAAGAACUAUAUAUUUCUGCGCAAUGCUGCCGAAGAGUUAAAACCCAGAAAUAAGAAGUAGUGAGUAUAAUUCGGACCAUCCUUGUAGCACUGCUUUCUUGCCACAUGCCCCCUCCUCAUUGAUCUCUUUCCAGUUGUCUGUCUUGGAUUGGUAACCCUUAGCAGGGGUCUCUGUGACGGUUACCAAAGUACAUUCUUAUGGGCUGGAAAAGUACCCUUUGACUAGUGUGUUCCAUGCUGCCCAGGAAUGCCUGACAUUUGCAUGAAGACUUGCCAGUUUUCUUAAUAGUAGCAAAAUCCCUGCACUGGACCAAGAAACAGUUGUUGCAUCCUAAGUACUUGCCAAUAUUUUAUGAAUACUACAGAAAAAGUGUGCUUUGCAAUAAUUCUCAGCAAACCUUUUUUUCUUACUGGAUUGAGAAUUGGGGGCUAAUGAGUGUUGGGGAAAGUCAGUUUUUGUGAUUUUAGAUUCUUCCGAGGUUUUCUUUUUCAUAGAAUUGUAAAUUUAAUAUUAAUCUGCUGCCAAUGUGUACCCUUUUUUGGUCUUAGACAUAUUUUUCUACUCAUGUAUGCGGGCUAUGUACUGAAGGCAAAAAAAAUCCCAGAAUAAACCCAAAUUAAGUUUUGAUGCAUUCUAGGAAUAAUUCAGUUCUGAUUUCACUGCAAACUGUGCCUAGGUUGUGGUUUUGAGAUGUGGGCGACUCACUAGGGGGAUAGAGUUGCAUAGCACAAGCCCUCUCUGGUGAUACAUUAACAUGCAACAGUGGAUAAGGUGACUACAGACCCAGGGACUCCGUGCCAUGUAGAAAUACUGUUGUGCCUGUGUUUCCGUGAACUCUUGCCUGGUCAUUGGAUGCAAGAUAGCAGGUGAACAGUACAAUGUCUCUGCAUUGCACUGUGCCCAUGUCUGCAGUAGCAAGAAAAAGAAAGGGCCUUAUCAUAGCUAAAAAGACAGUUUCAUAUACAUGUGCCACAUAAUAGGACCACUUCUGUACCCUAAUCUGUGUCUUAAAAAUUUCCAAGUAGAGAAAGCAUUCCUAACUCCACUAAUAUUGCAUAGCGCUAGGCGGGUAAACCUCAUCGGAACACAACUAAGUAGAAAUGGUGCAGAGGCUUAUGUAAUGUGCAUCUAGUCCAGGCUUAUUCACAUUGGGGAAUCUGCUGUUCAAAACGUCAAAGGAUUUUCUUACAAAAAGCUUGAUGCCGAUUUCCGUUUUAUAAUGAAUGGAGGGGGGGGGCUGAAUUUGUAUACAAAUACGCUUCGGUCAGAAUUUUUUCUGUAAGCACAUAUGUUGUAAAACUCGCUAUGAUUUAAAUAAAACUGUUUUGAAUUUGAACAAAACCUUAUGUAAGUACUUCAGUUGUCAGCGCUGGUGAACUGAGGGAUCAGAGGCAAAAUAUUUAAAACUACUCUUAUUAAAUGAUUUCAUGGAAUCUCAACCAGUCUCUUGUUUUGUAUUGUUCACAAAUUAAUGUCUGCUGCUGAGCUAAAGAAUUCAGUGGCCAACUCUCACUGAUACGCAAGUGAAAGGCCUGUUCUUUUUCAAUAGUUUUUUGUUUGGCCAGUUGAAUGUGAGUAGCUCCCUUUUCACGGAUAGGAACAUAGGAGGGAGCUGUUGAACUAUUUGGCCGUCUAGCCCAGUAUUCCCUCUUGUGGCUGGCAGUGUCUCUCUGGGCUUUGCAACAGAAAGGCUUUUCUGAGUCCUUCCACCAGAGAUCCUUUUAAAUGGAGAGCCAGUUGAGUUGAACCCAGGACCUUAAAGCACAUGCUCUACGCAUGAGCUACGAUGGUUCCAUUAUGGUACAGAUAGCCUGAAUUCAAGAACAAAAAAUAGGUUCUAUGGAAUCUCUGAUCAAAAGGGCCACUUUCCACAAAAUGCAAGGAUGCAUGAAAACCAUUUGACCAAUACCUUGCUUAAAAGGUUCUUAACCUCAACAUGGGCCUCUUCGAAUAAUGGCAUAGUUUCCUAUAGGGCCAUGUAUCACGUGUCUGCCAAUUCUAUAUGUGAAGGUCCUGGGGAACCAGCAUCCAUACGACAAGAUUAUACCCUGCAUUUUGUAUAACCAGCCCAGAAUCGUCUGCUCUGAAGGCCUUGGAGAUGCAUGUUGCUUAUGUAUAGCUGUAUUUAUAAUGGCAGUGUGGUAUACACCCAGUACUUUGGAUGCAACUACAGUACUUUGAAUAGCCAGUAAAUAAGAUAGCAUCGAACAUCUCAAGAGGUGAAACUGAUACAGAAUUAAAAGCUUCCAGUGCCAAAUUCAUUACUUUGACUAUCAGCUCAAUCUUUUCCUCAAGGCAAGCUCCCCUCGUGCUGCUUCUAGUUGUCAUGUAGUUAACUUUUAGCCACUAGCAGUUCUUGCCUUCUUUGGUAGGGCCGGGUGUUUGUUUGUUUUUUUAGCGUUCGUGUUCUGCUGAACUGCAAAUGGACUAUUGCGGACUUAAUGCUUAUCCUUUCUGAUUAUAAAAGCAACAUCUUUCAUUUUGCAGUUAA